AUGAUUGAAGCGAAAAGGAAAGGUCGGUUGUAUCCAGCCUUUAGCCUAAACGGCUCCGAAGGCGAAAUAAAAAAUUCGCCAUAUCAUCAAAGAUCGUUACAAAGGCGAAGAAAUAAUAAUCACACAUAUCAAGAACCAAAUAAUUAUCGUUCGCCUAGUCCGAUCGAUCAACAGCAGCAACAGCAACAACAUCAGCACACUUAUCAGCAGCCAUUUUGCUCUCCACCGCCUACUUUACAUCAAAAUUCUAUCGGUGGCGGUUACACGGAAUCAUCUUCAAAUUCCGACAAUGCGUCAGAUGCGACAUUAACGGAUUCCGAACUUGUACUCGCGAGGGAUUCGACUCUUGUCGUGCGUAACGAACUUGCGUUAAACGACACUAAUGAUUUUUUUUAUAGCGUAAAAACGGUACUCGAAGCUGUUGCGCUAUAA